AUGCUCCACGACGCGCGUGGCUGGCUGCUCGCCCAGCUCCGGGCAGCCAAGCCUUCCUUCAUAUCCAAGAAGCCCCAUUUCAACUUCAUCUCGGCUCACUACUUCUGGAUCUGUGGCCUCACCAUCCUCGGCUCUAUUCUGAUUUACGCCACUGCCGGCGGCCAGAUGGCAUACGUUGACGCUCUGUUCUUUGCCAGCGGAGCCAACACACAAGCCGGCCUCAACACCAUCGAUGUAAAUCUGCUGAACACUUUCCAGCAAAUAUGUCUCUACGUCUUUGCCAUGACCUCCAACCCCAUCACCAUCCAUUCCUCCGUCGUCUUCCUCCGACUCUACUGGUUCGAGAAGCGAUUCCAGACCGUUGUCCGCGAGGCUCGCCAGCGGCGAAACACCAUAUCCAAAUCCAUGUCCAGAGCCAGGGGAGAUGACUUGAACCAGGCAGAGAGAGGCCGCGGCCUGAGUGUACGGAACAUCCAGGUCAUCCAUAGGAGGAGGGGUCGGAUGACCAACGACGGCAUCGUGUACGAUAUGAAGGACGACGAGGACGGUCGCAUUUCGCCUGGCAGCAACGGCUUCGUUCCAAUUCCCGGAACCCCAGCCCAUCGUUCUUCGGGCGAGCAGACUCCCAAUACUGCCCCGGGGUCCCAAGAUGACGCCAACGACGUCGAUGCAUCGCAAAACCGAAUCACCUUCGCCCGAAAUGUUUUCCGAAGUGAUGGAACCGAGCCGGAAGUCAAGCUCCCGCCGCCAUCUUCUCCUGCGCACUUGGCCAUCCUUGAGCGGCAACGCAACGAUCAAAAUGGGGAGACCCUGCGAAUUCCCAACCCUAGAGACGUUGAGAAGGGGAUAGAGCCCAAGCGUGUUGAACACGGCGAUGCUCCAGAGCCGGAGGACGACAGAGAUCAUAGCCACGAUCAUUCCGCUGCCAGCGGGGCGAACGGGAUGGCCAACGAUGUCGGCAAUGUUGGCCGACGACAGACGAUCAAGAUCGAAGAGCCGGAGCGGCCUCGAGACCACCACGAGCCCCCUGUCAAGGAUGAGCUUGCAGAUGAAGCCGAGGCUAUCGGCAGAGCCAUUUUCCCCUUCACGUUCCGCAGGCAUCGCAAGAAGCAACCGCAGGAUGAUGCCACAUCGGAAAACGCUUUGACGAGAGUUCGGAGCCGCGUCGAUACGUUCCGGUCAGCCCUGUCACGCGACAAGCAAGACGACAUGCCCUACCUCAGUUUCACGCCUACUUUGGGUAGAAACUCUGCCUUCCCUGGCCUGACACAGGACCAGCGUGAGGAACUAGGAGGAAUCGAGUACCGGUCGUUGAGGACGCUUGCCGUCAUUCUACUCUGUUACUUUUGGGGCUUCUCGCUUUUUGCGAUCGCAUGCUUCCUUCCAUGGGUUCACACUAGCUCAAACGACAAAUACGGGAACUACAUCGAAUCCAACGGCGUCAGCAAAGCCUGGUGGGCCAUCUGGACCGCGAACUCGGCUCUCAACGACCUGGGUCUCACCCUGACCCCCGACAGCAUGAACUCUUUCAACGACGUGCCUUUCAUUCUGUUGAUCAUGUCGUUCCUCAUCAUAAUAGGCAACACUGGCUUCCCUGUGAUGCUCCGGUUUGUUAUCUGGGUCCUGUCAAAAGUUGUUCCUAAGGGAGGUCUCCAUCAGGAGCUCAGAUUCUUGUUGGACCACCCCCGUCGCUGCUUUACCCUGCUAUUUCCAGCAGGUGCAACAUGGUGGCUGUUGACUAUUCUCAUCGGUCUCAAUGUCCUCGAUUUGUUGUUCUUCGUUCUUCUCGAUCUCAACGACAACGCCGUCAGCCAUCUGCCAGUUGGCCUCCGCAUCGUCGACGGCCUGUUCCAGGCGGCAUCGACCAGAACCGCAGGUUUCUCUGUGGUCAACAUUUCACUUCUGCACCCUGCUGUCCAGGUUUCGUACAUGAUCAUGAUGUACAUUUCAGUCUUCCCCAUCGCCAUCUCCAUUCGUCGCACCAAUGUUUACGAGGAGAAAUCACUCGGCGUAUACCAUCACCCCGACGAAGACGUCGACACUGCGAAUGAGAAUAGCGCCAUGUCUUACGUGGGAACCCAUUUGCGUCGACAACUUUCCUUCGAUUUGUGGUACGUGUUCUUGGGGCUCUUCAUCUUGGCCAUCACCGAAGGACCUCGCAUUCAGAAGAAGGACUUCGAUGUCUUUUCCGUGCUGUUCGAGAUAGUGAGUGCCUACGGUACCGUUGGACUGAGUCUCGGCUAUCCCAACGUCAACGCAUCUCUCUGCUCGCAGUUCACCACCGGAGGCAAGCUUAUCAUUAUUGCCAUGCAAAUCCGUGGAAGACACCGUGGUUUGCCUUACGGCCUUGAUCGCGCUGUGCUCCUUCCGAGCGAGUCGCGCUUUGAAAAGGAGGCUGAAGAGGCGCCAUUGCCAGUACUAGUACGAUCUGCUACUGGCGCAUCAACAGGAACAGCCGUGAGCGCCAGUCGAUCUCAUCUAAGAUCGAGAAGGCAGAGCACUAAUCGCGGAAACAUCAACAUCUUGACCCAAUUCCUACACCCUGGUCCUCCCAUGGUCCCGCACGAAGACAGUUUUACGUCCCGACGCAGCAGGUCUUUCGAGGUUGGCGACCACCAUCUGCCAAUAGCAGAGGAGAUGAGGAGGCGUGCCACAGAGCCAGCUGAGGACGAUAGCACGUCUACCGACUCUGAGGUUAUGAACACGACUCGAAGAGUCAACACUACACCAGCGCGCUAG